AUGUCAUCAAAUACCUCAGAAGAUACUAUAUUGUGUGAAAUUACUCAAAGUACAUCCCAACAAUACCUGACAUCAUUAGAUGCCUCACAAAAUAUUACUACUUCAUGUGAAGAUACACCAUGUCCAGUUAUUCGAUCGACUCAAGAAGCUUUGAUUUUUACACCAAACAAACCAAUCAUAACAAAAAUGAUGUAUGAUAAAUAUUCCCCAUACCUUAUUUGCACAUUCAAUUCAACAAUAAAUUAUGUUAAGGAGACCGAAACUCUUGUUAAGAAGCUGGAGGAGAUAUUUGAAACAGACUACACAGAAAUCGAAUCAAAAAUCCUUAAUAAGACAAUCAUCACGGACUGCCAAGAGUCCUAUACCAUGAUAUAUCUGAACGUACCUUUAUUGUUGAAUGUUUAUCACCUAUCUUCUUGA